GUCCUGCAGGAGGGCAUGGGGCGCUUGCUUAUCGACGGUUCUCCCGGCAAUGAGAUCGUGGACGUGGUCAAGCCUGUGGACGGAGAAGUGGUCCUCUGCAAGCCAGGCAAGGGUGCCUUCUUCAUGACUGGGCUGAACCAGUUGCUCCGGGAGAGGGGCAUCAGCCAUUUGAUCUUCUGUGGCGUGACGACGGAGGUCUGCGUGCAGGUGACCAUGCGUGAGGCGAACGACCGCGGCUACGAGUGCGUGCUCGUUGAGGACUCCACUGCCAGCUACAUUCCCAAGUUCAAGGCCGCCGUCAUUGAUAUGGUCCGAUCUCAAGGAGGCAUUGUGGGCUACACGAUGGAGCGAGCCGAGGAUGUGGCAAAAGCGUUGAAAUCUGCUGCGUGA